CAAUGUACUUGACAACAAUCUUGAAUGAGAAGGUCGAGAGUAGGACAAGGCUGUGGAUAUUAUUAAGAAACAUUUUAUGAUCGUUCAGAGGUCUCUGUCUUUUAGACUGUGGGCACUCACAUCCGAGAACCCACCUGGUGUAGCCCUCGGAACCUUUUUAUCGUCUUAGAUUUUUGGAUAAGCGUUUUAGCUUAGCAAGAUAGCUAGGCCUGUACCUGAGUUAUGGCAUUGGUGGGACUGAGAGCUUCUUACCACAGGAUCCUCGAUAGGAUCGAACAUAUGCUUCCAGCGAAGCUGAGACCUGUCUACAACCAUCCUGCAGGUCCAAAGACUGUUUUCUUUUGGGCUCCAAUGUUUAAAUGGGGCCUGGUUAUGGCAGGCCUGGCUGACAUGACUCGUCCAGCUGAGAAACUGAGCACCUCCCAGUCUGCAGUGCUUACAGCCACAGGUCUGAUAUGGUCCAGGUACUCCCUGGUUAUCAUACCUAAGAACUGGAAUCUGUUUGCGGUGAACUUCUUUGUUGGUGCUGCUGGUGGUUCUCAACUGUACAGAAUAUGGAGGUACAACCAGGAGCUGAAACAACAGGAGAAAGCUGCACAAGCUUGAUGUUCACACCUCAAGAAUCUGAAACCACAGACCGUUCUCCCUCCAAAAUCAGGACCUAGCUGCCCGUCAUGCCAACCCUCCAUCAUUUACUGUUUUUCACUGUCAGAGAUCAUGUUACUGUUCUUUGUUUUUGUCCACUCCCAUUGUUCAUGCCAACAUUUUAAACCACAGCCAGCGUUGAUUCAAGAGAAGUUGUUAUUACGCACAAUAAGUAAAAUUUUGAAUUCUAGUAUAGUUGAGGUAUUCUUAAGUUAAUUUAGUCAUUUUCAAUAUGUUACUGGUGUGUUUUGACAAAGACAUCAUAUUUUUAAUUAAGCUGCUAAACUAAUCAUGCCACCAUGCCAUUUACCAUCAAAUGUCAUGAAGUAGUUUCUGGGCUCAGCUUAUUUAAAAAAUGUCUCCAGACAAACUUGAAAAUGUUGAAUAGCUUUUAGGAUAUUUUUAGACUCCACAAGAAUUCUGAGUUCUGUGAAAGAGGUCAUAUCAUGAUAACCCAUGACAUCUUUGCCAAAACUGUAAUUCUUUUGGCACACCCAUGUUCUUUGAAAUGAGUAAUUAUCUAAAGUUGUACAAUUUCAAUCCCUAAUAAAAAAGUAAACCAAUA